AUGCUGCAAGCUGACACAUGCCCCAACUGCAACCUGGAUUCCGAGACAGUAGUCCAUGCUCUGUGGUCCUGUAAAAAACUCGACACUGUGUGGCUCCCAAAGUUUGCAAAGCUUAAAGAGCUUUCUGCCUCCCUCUCCAGCUUUGCUGAUCUCUUGUCUUUAGCACUUCAGGAUCCUUCGUGUGUGGAAGAAUUCGCAAACACCAUAUCCCUGAUUUGGAUGAAUAGAAACAGAGCAUUCUUCAAAAGUGUCUGCAUGCCCCUUGAAAAAAUCCCAGAGCAGGCCCGUGCAUUGGUGCAGGAAUUCCACCAUAUUCGACCAACCCAUGCAAAGAUCCCAAGAACUGCCCGUGCGGUCCGCUGGAAACCGCCACCCCACGGUCUGGUUAAAAUCAAUUUCGACGGUGCUAUUUUCUCAACCUAUUCCUCAGCUGGUCUUGGCGUGAUAAUCCGUGACCAUGCUGGACUGGUCUUGGCUGCCCUGUCACAAAGUAUUCCCCUGCCCACUUCGGUGGAGACAGUGGAAGUGAUGGCAGCGAGAAGAGCUCUCUUGCUUGCCAAAGAGCUUGGUUUUGAGAGAGUUGUGGUGGAAGGAGACUCGGAAGGGGUCAUACAAGCUAUCAGGGAAAAAACUCUUCUCUCUUCUGGCUGGGGUCACCUCCUUAAAGAUAUCCAUGCACUAUCUCUUUCCUUUAGUUGUAUCUCUUUUCUUCAUGUUAAGCGUUCGGGCAACCGGGUGGCUCAUUCUUUAGCCCGUAGAUCUUUUUGUAAUCCUUUGCUAGUCUGGAUGGAGGAACUUCCCCCAGAUUCUGUUGAUGUUUACAACCAAGAUCUUGGUUUUAUUAAUGAAUAG